GACCUGCAGAAAUUCAGGCAGCUAUGUAAGCAAGGAGAAUUUUGUUUCCCUUCCCAAGCUGGGCUUGAGCUCAGCUGCAUUCAGAGUAGAGGUUUGUUGGCUCAAGGUGGAAAUGAAGGUGAUCUAAACUCAAGCCCAGCUUUGUUUAACUGUGUUACGCUCUGCUGGCAUUGUACACUGUUUUCCAGACUAGCACCAGACUAGCAUUUUGUGUGGACACGUUCCCAAUGGCUUUCCAGGCGAGGAGCUAUGAUAAAAACCUAACCUAUUAUGUUGUAGGGCACUUCCUCUUUCCCCUCGCAUAAUCAGAGAACAGCAUUUAUUUGGGAUAUUUAUGGUUGCAAGGAAUGGUACCCGCGUCGUAUGGCUCACCAAACUAAAAGGAAAACCCCACAAUUAAAAUGCAGCUAAAGAAAACACGCGAAAACCAAGAUGUGGAACAAAUCCCAGCUUGAAUCAUCUGGCUCCAAGACCUGCGUGGAGCCCAUUGAGCUUGAGCUAAUAUCUAUUCACAACAUGCAAGGAGCAAAGACAAAUAGGAAUGGCCUGGAGCUAAAGUUUCACUGUGCCGCAUCCGGAGACAACACCGACCCCUCUUCUGCUCUGGCACCGGUCGGGACAAUGUUCCCUCCAUGCCCUCCUCGUGCACUUCCAGGAAGGCCUCAUCCCCUUUUUGCUCCCUUGCCUUGCAUUUUGGGGCACACAUACCUGCUGAAACCUUUUUUGCAAGGCUAAUUGACCCCGCAGGAUGCGAUCUGCUGCCAGCACAACGUCAGCGCAUCCUCCCGCUCCCCUGACCUGCAGGACUUUGUCACCGUUGCAGGCAGCACGAGCUGGGUGAAGGAAACAGACAAAGUUAAGCCAGCUCUCAUGAGCAGAACAGGUGAUGGAGAGGAUGCGUACGGCACUGAGCCAGAUAUUUUGGAAGUGCUCAGGAGGCUGAAGCUGCUGGCGGGGAGCGUGGUGGCGACAGGUAGCUGGGCUGGGUUACCUUUUAAAUCUGCUCAGCUGCAGGCGGAGAAGAUGCGAUCAGACCUUUAGGUGUCAUUUCCUUUCCAGCUCUCUGUUUGCUUCCUAAUUUCGUGUUUCUGGGAAUCCUUCCCAGCUCCAAAGAUGGGUAAAUCUUGGCGAGGGCUCUGUGAGCACCGCAGCUCCCCGGCAAGCUGCAGCCCCCCAGGAGCGUGCCCAGGCGCUGGGCAGGGCGAGCAGCUCGCCGCAGCGUAACUGCAUUGGCCCUGCAAUAAGCUGUCACUCCGAGCAGGGUUUAAUAGCUUCAUUAGAUUAAUGAGCCUGGAUGAACCGAGCCUGGGCAGUUCAGCCAGUGCAGCUGGAGCAAGCACCACGGUUAAGCUAACAUAGCCAAAUUUUGCCAAAGAAGAGGCCGAACGCUGAUGGCUCUCACGCCUGUCCCAGACACAUCCCCAGGAAACCUGACUCGUGGCUGUGCUGCUGAUGCUGAUCCCGCAAGUGCCUGUCACUGUCUGAAGUGGUAUCUCUGGGGUGCUCUGAUAAGCCUCCGCAUCUCACAGGCACUUCAGAAAAGAGCAAUAAAAUAAGAUGGCAAACAGCUCGCCAGCACACUGCCCCAGCCCCAGGCUGCCCCAGCCGGUCGCUGUUGCAAGGGAUGGUUUUUGGGCACUGGAAGCACUCUCUGGUACCUGCCUCCAGCCAGAGCCGUAGCUAUGAGAAAACCCUGUCCGACAUCGAUAACUCCCCUCCGCAGUGUUAUCAGAGGCCUUAUCAACGCACGCAGCUGGUGCCGGCUGCAAUGAAAUUGGUUUCAAGCCUGUUUUCUUUGCAAUUCCUCAGCUGGACAUGCUUGUAUCAGUCACAGGGGCCGGGGAAAUCGAUCUGACCCGAGUGGAAGCGCAUUCGAUUGGCAGCAUUUUAACUCAUCGGGCUGAAAAUCCCCCCUCCUGCUCUGCUUCCUACACAGGGGUAACCUUGAUAGCUAAGCUUUGAUGCUGCUGGUGAGCACUUGAAGCCCACCAAAGAGUUAAAUCUUCUUGUGCCUCGCCGAGGCCACCGCGAGCUUCCUGACGUUUCUCCCUUCAGCGGUUUCUCACCCGCUUGCUGCAACCCUCUGAGAGCCGCCCGAGCGCGCUGCUUUCGUUGGGUUUGCAGCUGAACGGCCCCGUGGCAGGCCCACAUGUGAGAUCUGCCUCAGGGACCUGGGCCUCACGCCUUCCCGGGGAGGCUGUGGUGCAGCGCUGAGGUGGGCACCGGACCCCGGGGCUUCUCUUCCUCCGUGGGUGUUGGACCUGGCCGGCAUCAGCAGCUCUUGGAUGGCCCCAGAAGAGCCCAGUUGUCCUUCUCCUUCCCUCCCAUGCCAGCACGGGGGCUCUGAGCCACACCUCGGUGUCCCCAAGCAUGCAGCUGCCACCAGGCUGGACAGGCCUGUGGGGGAAGGAGGUGCUUCUCGCCUGGCAAGUGGCUGGGGGAGUUCAGACAGAAGGAGAUGGGGCAAAUCCCAGCGAGAAGACAACGUGGAAGCAGAUGAGCUGGCCCAAGCACACACACUUGGGUUUUCCCCUCCUAUGUUGUGAUAAAGUGCCCUCGCCACGGAUGGGAUUAUUUGUGCUGCCUAGCAUGACCCGGUGGUACGAGCCCAUGCUGAAAAUCGCUUUGCCUUUAAGAUCGUCAGCUGAAAAAGAAAAACGAAACAAACAAACAAAAAACCAAAUGCAUUUCAGGAAAUAAUCCAGGGAGCAGGGCUGCCAGAAACCCCUAAGUGAGAGCAAACAAUCCUUAUCUGGCAAAGUUUUAUGUUACUUAACAGCAGCGCAAGUUUAAAGGCAUUUUUUUUGUUGUUGUUGUUUCUGUUGCACACAAGGCAUCAUUUCUGGGUGGAUCCUGUUAUUAGUGUUGGUCCCUGAGUAUUUCUAUCAGGGUGUUUGUUCAUCUUCCCCUUGUCUCUGCUAUAGCCUGAUUGCUAGGAAUGGUGAUUGCCAGCAACUGUAAUUUUUUUAGAUCGGAGGCCUCAGAGCACUCAAGGAAGAGAUAAAUAUCCUUGUCUUACCCUGCUGGCUUGGUGACCAAUGACAGAAAUGUCACUUUGUUGUUUUCCUCCCUGCCACCAGCAGCGCAAAACGAACAAGGGCAUCAGAUUUCAGGAGCGCUUGGCUCAAAGGGGGACUUUGUUUGUGGAGUCGGGCUCAAAAAGGCGUUAAAAGGGCUGGGAUCCCAAAGGGGGAAACCAAGAUGACCUUUUGGUGAUUUUCUGCAGAAAGGGCAUCAGCGAAAGUUGGGCUCCGCGGCCAUUACCCGGGCUCUGUAGCUCAGUGCGAAGGAGUUAACCAAAUGUCAAACUCCUUGCGCGCAGGGAGCCCAAGAACCACUUAUCAGCAAUGGCCACAUGGUGGAAAAAGAUCGCAUAACAGCGGCGGAGCAGGAAGCAUUUAUAGUUAGUUCCCCUUCGCAAAGGGACAUGCGGAGUCACCCACGCCUGUACCAGCAAGGAACAGCCCCUCGGAUGGGCACCAGGCGUCCCGACAAGUGAUGGAGAAGCGCCUGUCCUCCUGCCUCUAGCUGGAUGAAGAUGAGACGCCAUAAGCUCUUUCUGACUCUCUGCAUGGCUGGUCUCUGCCUCAUCUCCUUCUUGCACUUCCUGAAGGCCCUUUCCUAUGUCACCUUCCCCCGGGACCUGGCUUCACUUAGUCCCAACCUUGUCUCCAGCUUCUUCUGGAACAAUGCCCCCGUCACGCCACAGGUUAGCCCUGAGCCAGGGGGCGCAGAGCUCCUCCGCACACCCCUGUACUCCCACUCGCCCUUGCUCCAGCCCCUGCCUCCCAGCAGAGCCAGCGAAGAGCUGCACAAAGCCAACUUUGUGCUGCCGGAAGACACGACAGAAUAUUUUGUCCGCACCAAAGCCGGCGGCGUCUGCUUUAAACCAGGCACCAAGGUGUUGGAGAAGCCACCCACGGGAGGGCGGCCGGAGGAGCGAGCGGAUGGCGCGGCCUCGGGGCGGCCCGCUCGCAAGCCGCUAAGCUCCCAGACCAAGCGGCGCAAGUGGGUGGAGUGUAUGUGCUUGCCGGGCUGGCACGGCCCCAGCUGUGGCGUUCCCACCGUGGUCCAGUACUCCAACCUGCCCACCAAGGACCGCCUGGUGCCACGGGAGACCCCCCGGCGGGUCAUCAACGCUAUCAACAUCAACCAUGAGUUUGACCUACUGGAUGUCCGCUUCCACGAGCUGGGAGACGUGGUGGACGUCUUUGUGGUGUGCGAGUCGAACUUCACGGCCUACGGAGAGCCGCGGCCCCUCAAGUUCCGCGAGAUGCUCCUCAAUGGCUCCUACGACUACAUCCGCCACAAGGUGCUCUACGUCUUCCUGGACCACUUCCCCGCCGGCGGUCGCCAGGACGGCUGGAUCGCUGACGAUUACCUGCGCACCUUUCUCACCCGGGACGGUGUCUCUCGCCUCCGCAACCUGCGCCCGGACGAUGUCUUCAUCAUCGAUGAUGCCGAUGAGAUCCCGGCCCGUGACGGCGUCCUCUUCCUCAAGCUCUAUGAUGGCUGGACGGAGCCCUUUGCCUUUCACAUGCGCAAGUCGCUCUACGGCUUCUUCUGGAAGCAACCAGGCACCUUGGAGGUGGUCUCAGGCUGCACUAUGGGGAUGCUGCAGGCUGUCUACGCUACUGACGGCAUCCGUCUGCGGCGCCGCGAGUACUACACCAUGCCUGGCUUUCGGCAGUAUGAGAACAGUACAGGACACAUCCUGGUGCAGUGGUCGCUGGGCAGCCCCCUCCACUUUGCUGGCUGGCACUGCUCCUGGUGUUUCACCCCAGAGGGGAUCUACUUCAAACUGGUGUCAGCCCAGAAUGGGGACUUCCCCCGCUGGGGUGACUAUGAGGAUAAACGAGACCUCAAUUAUAUCCGGGAGCUGAUCCGAACUGGUGGGUGGUUUGAUGGUACUACGCAGGAGUAUCCCCCUGCUGACCCCAAGGAGCACAUGUAUGCUCCCAAGUAUCUGCUCAAGAACUACCAGCGAUUCCACUACUUGUUGGAGAACCCAUACCGAAAAGCGGAGGGGGCUGGGUGAGACCACUGGGACUCGUGGGAGAUUAGAACUUUUACAACAAAGGGGAAGAGUCGGGUGUUUUUGUCUGUUUCUUUUUUUUGAUUCCAGGUGGGGUGUGCCAUUUCUCCAUGGUCUGCUCUCCCUUCCUCCCUUCUCCCUGGGUAAUGCCUGGGGACACAAAUUCCUUGGUCAGCUGAAGGGAGGCCUGGGCAGGAAGAGGGAGAGGUGCAGGACCUACCCUGACAGUAGCAUAAAGACUUCCCUGCAUCUCCUGGACCCUUCCUGCUGGCUGGGGAGAAUCUCUGCAUCCAGCUGGUGGGUUUUCCUCCAGGGGGGGCUGGGAAGGUCUGCUGGGGAGAGAGGGCAGCUGUUCCCAUCCAUCCUCGUUUGUUGUGGAUCGGAGCAAGCACAGAUGUGAGUCUGGGCUAUUCAGUGAGUGUGUGAGUCAGCAGGCACAAACUGAUGUGAGUGGUCAUGUGUGUAGAUGCGUGUCACAGGCAUUUUUUUUGGAUGAGUGAAUGUGCAAAAGCAUCUCAAUAUGCAUUUAUUUUUUUAUAUACCUCUAUAUUCAGAGUACUUGGGGGAAGGUAAAACCUUUGCUUCCAAGGUAUUCUCCCCAGUACACAGCCUCCUCCCACAAACUUAAUGCGUCUGUCCUGGGCUGUGUCUUGGCCUGAUGCUUUACCAGUCCUUGAUCAAGCAGAUGGGAAGCAGAGGAGAAAGCUGACCCUUUUUUUUUUUUUAUUUUUAAACUCCUUUUUCACCCCUGCCCACUCAACGCUGCACUGGCUUGGCCCACAGGAGCUGAAGCAUCUUCCCUGCUGUAUGUGCUUCUUUCAGGGCUGGGAUAAGCUGCAGGGGAUUAAAUCAGAUGGUGGGAGUGUAUGUUUACAAGUGCAUGGUUUCCUAUGUGCAUGAGUGCUAACAUGCAUGGUUUUGGUAUGCACGUGGGUGUUUGUUACCAGUUUUGGGAGGGAAGGGGGCAUAGGUUUGGCUUGGGUGUGUAUGUUUUCAGGAAAUGGUGAGAUACGUAAGCUGUGAUCUGUCUUGGCAUGGAUGACAUUUUGCGGAAUACAUAGGAGAGGUUCAGGGAGAGCAUCGUCUCUGCAUAGCAGAGUGUGACACGCAGAGUUGUUGUGUGCCUCUUUAGCUGCCUCUGUAGCCUGUUGCAGGGCUGCUGUUUACACACGCUGGCUAUCCCUUCUUGCCACAGGGGAAAGGAGAGGAGAAGGGCAAAGCUGAGUCAACAAUGGGUGUUGUGGGGAAACACAAAGCAUGUCAAAGCAUGGGACCCAUCUGCCUGCUCUUAAGUUGUGAGGGAACUCAUGGAGAAAGGGGCCAUGGGAAAACUCCCCCUGGGGCCAAAAAACUGUUCUGGGAUGAUCACAUAAUCCAGAGAGCAUGUGCAGCCCUCACUUCCAGGCUGGGCCAUUCAAAUGAGAGGGGAUGUAGGAUGAUGUUACUUGCAGCUGGUGGGCCCGUGUCCACACAGAGCUUGCCACUGAAGGGUCUGGCCUGUUGCUGUAUUGGAUUGAUUCAGCUCAUUGAGGAGGCAGAUUGGCGUUUCCACACUUACCACCCUUCCUUAGCAGAUGGCUUGACUUGGUGCCCAGAGCCUGGUCUGCGGUGGGAAGAGGGUGAAAAACAUGAACGUGCUCUGUUAGCCUUACAGUGGAAAUAUUGGCUCAUCUUCCAAGCAAAGAAGUGAGGAUCGUGUGGAGGAGGAGAAUGUCAUCAUAAGGACGAAUGACCCUGACAUCAGGACAGCUGUGCUGAAGCAGGAGAGUUUCCAUUGCCAUUAAUUCACUCCAUCAGGGCUGUAUUUUCUUGUUGUCCAGUCUGUUCCAUCCCGUGUGCUUAAAUCCCAUCUUUGCAUCUCUCUCCCUUCUCUAGAGAAGGGAAAAACAUGUGCAAAAAUAUCUUGAUUCCCUAAGAAGACUGAGAUUGGAACAGCAAGAUGAUGAGCAUCUUUUUCUGAUCAAACUGAGGCAGAGUUCGUCUUAGUUUCUUCCCCAUCUCAUGUGCCAUAAUGCCUCUAGAAGAACUGAGGGACCCUCUUUUCAUUUGCUGGGUUUUUAAUAUAACUGCUCUCACUUCUGGCGAGUGUCUAAUCUUCUGCACCUCCCAAUCUUCUACAGUAGGAGCAGCCUCUCCCUUAGUACCAGCCCUUCCUGUGUAUACGGACUCCUUGGGGACUUUUUAGUGCAUUGCAAGUCACAUUUUCAUCGCUGGGGUAAGGCCUUUGUCUGUUAGGAGCAUCAGACAAGCCCACAGCUGCAAUAUUUGGAUCUCCUGUUCCCAAAGUACUGCCUGUUCCCCUCCUUCCCCUCUCCUCCACUAUUUGCUCCAUCAUCCCCCUUCUGGGGGAAGAGAAGGUCCUGCUGGAGCGGGGUGAGAACAGCGCUGAAGCUCUUCUGCGUGACUCUGGCCCUGUGCACCCCCUGGACUUCUUCACUUCCUUAUUCUUAGGAAAUUAAAUUUAAAACAGGCUUCUGUUGUGGAGGGAGGAAGGGACUUUACAGCUGAGAUGCAUUCUUUUUUUUUUCUCUUUCUCAAGAAUUGUUUAAACAUUUUUUGAUUUAAGGCCAACCCAGUUAAUGUUCCUGUUGUUUCUGCAAUCUCUGUUUAUUAUCCUUAGGGAGUUAAAGUGCUUGGGAUUAAAAAUCCUCCGUCGCAUCCCUUGAGGGAUGGGGACUAGCGAGCUGACUUUUGCACAGCGAUUUCCCAAGGUGGUGACUUGCCCUCUGCGCAACUUUGCCCGGAGCAUUGCAUGGGCUCUCCACGGCCGGUGUGCAGGGCAGCCAACGAGCCUGAACCAGGCACUGAAGUUUGAGAAGGGAAGGACUGAAAAAUCCCGGCCUUCCUCGGAGCUGGUUGUUAUAGCCAGCUGCCAGAAAGGGAUGGGCAGAAGAAACGAGGUGGUUUUGUGCCUGUGUGGUUGGUAGGAAGGACAGACACGCUCGAGUCCGGUCUCGCUGUUGCUUUCUCUGAUCCUUGUGUCCUGCUGAAGUGUUUGCUGUUGUGCAGCCUGUUCUUUGUGCCUCUGUGGCGGAUAAACGAAGGGGACCUCGUGGCCUCCGGGUAAUGCACGAGUCAGGCUGGGGGAAGUGUUAGUGCAGAACGGGUAUUGGUUCCCCCAGUGACUCUUUCUGGUGUCCUUGUGGGAUGGCGGUGUCUUCUCCCCUCCCAAAUGCCCCCCCCGGGCUCUGUCCCUGUCCCCCUGCUCCUGCCAGCAAUCUCCUUGGCUGCUACGCCUCUGCACUGUGAAGCCCUGUGUCUGGAGUCACUCCUGGUCCUGUUAGUGAACGCUGGUGGUGAAGAGGGGAGGGGUAGCUUGUCCUGGCUGACCUCAAGCCUUGGUGAAAAAAAAAAGGAGGGAAGUGAGGGGUAGAAUGGAUCCUGAAUCCCUCCGUUGUUGUGUUUACCCCACCCACCAAAAAAAAAAAUUACAUUUAUAUAUACAUCCCUUCUGAUUUCUGAGGCAUUGGACAAACUUGCUCUUUUUACAGAAAGAGAGGGGGAGCUGGAGGUAAGGGGGGUUCAGGGGGGGCUCGAAUCCAGCAUCAAGAAAGGAGAGCUGUUUCUGAUGCAAUACACUGAUAUUUAAGGCUUUGGGGACUACAGAUAAUGGUUUAAAAAGGGAACUGAAAUACUCUGAAACUGAGAAUUCAAACCACUGUUGUUUUUUUUCCUUCCUGUGAGGAGGAUGAUGCACUAUCAUCCUGGAGGUGGCCCAGCAGCACUCCCGAGGCUGGGGUCCACCUGGACCUACUGGUGGUGUUGCCACUGGGGUGGCCCCAGAACGCCCUGUUUUGGCAAAAGAACGCGUGGACUUGCCAAAAAAAAAAAAAAAAAAAGGAAAAAAAAGAGCAUCUGCAAAGCUCCUUUCCACUCUGUAAUUUAUAAACAGCAAGUAAUAAUGAACUUUUUGUAAGGAUAAAUCAAAUGUACAUUCUGAAAUCAUUUUCUCUGUAAAUGGUUGGAUUUCAUUUCACCCUUAAAGGGAUGCUUAAAAGGAGGACAAAAUAAAAAUAAAAAUUUAAAAAAAAAAAAGCAAAGUAUGAAAGGAAA